AUGGUGCGUCGAAACCCUUUUAAAGGAUCUUCUUUAGAACAUCCACAAGACCACAUCGAAGGUCUAGAGGUAUUAAUUCCAGACGAAUACAGUCGUUGCAGACUUUUCCCAUUUUCACUAGAAGGGGAAGCUUUAAGAUGGUUAAACUGUCUACCAAAAGGAUCCCUGACUAGUUGGAAAGAGAUUAGAAAUGUCUUCCUUAAGCAACUCUUCGACGAUACUCGUUACUGGGAAGUGAGGAGGCGAAUUUCUACCUUCCGUCAAAAUCCUCAGGAAUCAUUCAAAAACGCAUGGGGAAGAUUCAAGGGUUAUGAACUCGAAUGCCCCCACCAUGGUUAUCCAGAACAACAAUUUCUUAAGAUCUUUUACAAAGGUGUUAUUCUGAGCUAUAAGACAACGCUUGAUACAUCAAGCGAAGGGAAUUUCGUUACUAGAAAUCCUAUAGAAGCAAGACGCUUCAUCGAAAACAUGGCAACAGGAAGAUCUUAUGAAGAGAUGAAUGAAGAAAAGGAAAAAGCUAUAAACUCAAGAGAAAAUAUUGAGUUAGCCGAGAUAAAGAAUUCUAUAAAUUCACUUCAAUCCCUUCUGACAGAUCGAAACCCACCUAACCUGUGCCAGUACUACAAUAAAACUCCUCCUAUAUCAGAAUAUGAGCUCGAGUUUACAGAAGAGUUAGAUACUACUGAUCCUCAUUCUGUGUUUAAUGUCGACAGCUUCACACGAGACUAUGAAAUCUGUGUGCAGUCUCGUACCGGGAGAGAGAAGUACAAUCUAAAACAAGAAUUUACAGGAAACCGUAAAAUGAAAUUCGAUUUUAAUGGGAAAAUAAACAUCGUUUACGGUAAACUAAAUCAGAAGAUCGAUUCAUUAGUUGAACACCUACGGGGAAUGGAAGACCAAAUUGCUAACCUUGCAACUACUCUGAAAAGAGAGACAGGCCGUCUCCCUGGAAGGACCGAUGCUAAGCCUAGAGCAAAACGCCAAGCAUAUGCCGUGAUGUUGCGAAGCGGUAAACGCCUUGAAACAAAUGCCAGAGACGAUGCCAGCAAUAAAAAAAUCAUCGAUAAUUCAGGAAAAAGCAAUUCCAACCCCAUAGAGCUUCUUGACAAUGAUUCUGACUCAGGAACAUCCGAACAAAGGAGGAAGUCUUCAAAUAAAAAGGAUGAGGGAAGAACUAUAGACUUAGGAAAAGAGAAUCCUGAUGCCGAAAUCGAAAUCGAUCGUCUAGACGAACCGAAUAUUGAUCGAUCCACUGGGAAGGAAAACGAUCGACCAUCUGGUGGCACUAACGAUUGCAAUACACAAUCUACUGGAACUGAACGAGUCUAUAGAACUCCAUCCCCAUUUCCUCCAAACAAACCGCAAACUAAGAAGGCAUUGGAACAUGCAAUUUGCAAAAAUGCCUUUGAUAAAAUCACUUCGAGCUACCCCUCAGUGACGCCAUUAAGAUAG